AGUUAAUUUUAUUGGUUCAACAAAAAAGUGAAUAUUCGCUUAAGAUUUAAUUAAAAAUCUGAUAAUUGUUUUUGAACAUAAAACAAGUUAGCUAUAAUUUCCUAAAGCGGUAACUAGAUAGUCAUUUUAUCACAAUCAGCAUGUUUUUAACCAAUCAUUUCUUUUCUGGAGUAAUACUAUCAUCUAAAAGCUCAAUCUUAGUUUUAGAGUCCUGGAACUCAAGAAAAACUUGUUAUAGUGGUUCAAAUUUUUGUAUGGGCUCAGAAUUUUUUAAUUUCUUUUUCCAGUUAUUUUAUUUGCUUAAAAUCCCUUUUUUUAUUUUCCGAUUCUUAUAAUUUUAACAACUCUAACAAGCAAAACUAGUAAAACAAGUAUUCAACUUAUUUCUUUCUUGAACAUGAUGUCCUAUAAUUCAUUAAGAAGUUUGUCCUUAUAUUCAAAUUCAUCAUUAAAAUUUCUUUGUAUAAAGAAGUUUUAUUCUUCUCCUGCUCUUGAUCCGAUUUUCAAAAAACCCUCCAAGUUUAGUGUAAAACAUCAAACUUUGGACAAAUCAUUUUAUGAGUCUUGCGAAGAUGUUAAAAAUACACCUAAUAAGACUGGUAUUGAAAAUGAAAUUGAUGAAGAUCCAGUUUUAUUUGCCACUUCACUUGAAAAACCCUAUCACCAUUGGACUAAACUGCAAAUUAAAAAAAUAUACAAUGCUUCACUUCCAGAUUUGAUGCAUCAUGCCAUGAUUGUUCAUCGUAACUUUCAUGAUCCAAAAGAGAUUCAAUUAUGUACCCUAUUAUCAAUUAAAACAGGUGGGUGCUCAGAGGAUUGUUCUUAUUGCGCUCAAAGUUCAAGAUAUGAUACCGGUGUUAAGGCGGAAAAGAUGAUGAAAGUCAAUGAUGUCUUAGAGGCUGCUAAAGAAGCUCAGGCCAACGGUAGUACUAGAUUUUGUCUUGGAGCAGCAUGGAGAGAUAUGAAUGGGAGAAAAAGCGCUCUUAAACGAAUUGCUGAUAUGAUUAAGGGGAUCAAUGAUUUAGGUAUGGAGUCUUGUGUUACUUUGGGUAUGAUUGAAAAGGAACAACUACAGGUUUUGAAGGAUGCAAAUUUAACCUGUUAUAACCAUAACAUUGAUACUUCAAGGGAGCAUUAUCCUAAUGUGAUCACAACAAGGACCUAUGAUGAUAGAUUGAAAACCAUCGAUAAUGUUAAUCAAGUUGGAAUUUCUGCUUGCACAGGAGGUAUUUUAGGUUUAGGGGAAACUGAAGAUGAUCAUAUAUCUUUUUUGUACACACUAUCUAAUAUGAAGAAACAUCCAGAAUCUCUUCCUAUAAACAGAUUAGUUGAAAUUGAGGGGACUCCUAAAGCAGCUGCUCAUUCUACAAAAAGUUUAACAUUUGAUUCUAUUCUUCGAACAAUUGCGACUGGAAGAAUGAUAAUGCCUGAAAGUAUAAUAAGAAUUGCAGCAGGAAGAUAUACAAUGAAGGAGCAUGAACAAUUUUUAUGUUUCAUGGCUGGUGCUAAUGCAAUUUUUACUGGAAAAAAAAUGCUUACGACAAUGUGUACAGGAUGGGAUGAAGAUAAAGCGAUGUUAAGAAAAUGGGGGUUCAAACCAAUGAAAAGCUUUACCAAACACUCUGGUCUUUUAUCAAAAAGAAAAAUAGCUUUUUGAAAGAGAGAUAAAAGAUUGAUUUUUCAUCCUUAUGACUGACUGAAUAUAUAUAAUAUUAAAUAUAUAAUGCUUUUCUGGAUAAUGUUUUUUUCUUAAAAAGUCAAAAAAUAACGAAAAAAUAAAUACAA